UGUUUGAGAAAAGCACCACACGGCACCCGUAGCCGCAUCCCAGAUUCAGCGCUGCCGCUGCUGUCACAACAGAGAAAGAGGAUAAUAAGUUAUUAGUCCGCUGACAGAAGAAUAAUCCUCUUCAUAUUGACCCCAAGCCGCUAACAUUUUAUUUCAAAAUGUCUGACAAAAGCGAGCUGAAAGCAGAGUUAGAGAGAAAGAAACAACGACUGGCCCAGAUCAGGGAGGAGAAGAAGAGGAAAGAGGAAGAACGCAAGAAGAAAGAGCUGGAUGGACGGAAGGAGGGAGCAUCUCCCCCGCAGGAUGACUCUGAUCUGGAGAGGAAGAGGAGGGAGGCAGAAGCCCUGCUGCAGAGCAUGGGAAUAGUGGAUGCUUCAAUGGUGCAACCUCUGCGUGUGGUAACAGAGGAUACAUGUCUGUUUCACUAUUUAGUCCCCCCUCCCAUGUCCCCCUCUGCCAAAUCAGUGGGCACACCCAGCGAAACGGGCAGCCAGGACUCAGGAGACGGCGGUACGGGGCCGAGGACUCUUCAUUGGGACUCUGACCCCUCUACUCUACUGCUCCAUUCAGACUCUCAGCUCGGACGCGGCCCGCUGAAGUUGGGCAUGUCAAAGGUCACACAGGUGGACUUCCCGCCCAAAGAGCUGGUGUCAUACUCAAAAGAGACCCAGACGCCCACACAGACUCAUCACAAAAAUGAUGAGGAAGAGGAGGAAGAUCUGGCUGUGACGCAGCCUGUACUGGAGCCUCAAGAGGAGAAAGACUCUGAAAAAGAGGAAGAAGAAGCGCCUCAUGAGCUGACGGAGGAAGAAAAACAACAGAUUCUUCACUCAGAGGAGUUCGUGACUUUCUUUGACCACAGCUCUCGUAUUAUGGAGCGCGCUCUCUCUGAGCAGGUGGAUGUGUUUUUCGACUACAGCGGUCGAGACCUUCAGGAUAAAGAGGGGGAGUCUCAGGCUGGGGCCAAACUCUCCCUGAACAGACAGUUUGUGGACGAACGCUGGUCUAAACACAGAGUCGUCACCUGUCUCGACUGGUCACCACAGUACCCUGAGCUUCUGGUGGCGUCGUACUGCAGUAAUGAGGAUGCGCCACAUGAGCCGGACGGUGUGGCUCUUGUCUGGAACAUGAAAUAUAAGAAAACCACACCAGAAUAUGUCUUCCACUGCCAGUCUGCAGUGAUGUCAGCAGCGUUUGCACAGUUUCAUCCUAAUCUGGUGGUUGGAGGCACGUACUCGGGUCAGAUCGUCCUGUGGGACAACCGAAGUAACAAACGCACCCCUGUACAGAGGACUCCACUCUCAGCCUCAGCUCACACGCACCCUGUGUUCUGUGUGAAUGUGGUGGGAACUCAGAACGCUCACAAUCUCAUCAGCAUCUCCACGGAUGGGAAGAUGUGCUCCUGGAGUCUGGACAUGCUGUCUACACCACAGGACAGUCUGGAACUCGUGUUCAAACAGUCCAAGUCAGUUGCCGUGACCUCCAUGUCAUUUCCUCUGGGUGAUGUCAAUAACUUUGUAGUGGGCAGUGAGGACGGGUCUGUCUACACUGCCUGUAGACAUGGCAGUAAAGCGGGCAUCAGUGAGAUGUUCGAGGGUCAUCAUGGACCAAUCACAGGGCUCGACUGCCACACAGCAGCGGGACCGGUCGACUUCUCUCACCUGUUCGUUACUUCCUCUUUUGACUGGACCGUCAAACUCUGGAGCACCAAGAACAAUAAGCCUUUGUACUCUUUUGAGGACAAUUCAGACUACGUGUAUGAUGUCAUGUGGUCACCCACACACCCGGCUCUGUUUGCUUGUGUGGACGGGCUCGGACGUUUGGACCUGUGGAACCUUAACAAUGAAACUGAGGUUCCCACAGCAAGCAUAACCGUGGAAGGAAACCCUGCGCUGAACCGCGUGCGCUGGGCUCACUCGGGACGAGAGGUGGCCGUCGGCGACUCUGAGGGUCAGGUGCACAUUUACGAUGUUGGAGAGCAAAUUUCAGUGCCCCGGCCGGAUGAGUGGACUCGCUUUGUGCGCACGCUCACUGAGAUCAACGAGAACCGUGAGGACGUAGAGGAACUGGCUGCUCAACGAUUGGCUGCAUGAUCACCAUAGCAACCCCUGCUGACCAAUGACGGUUCCCCUGCUUUUGCAUAUCUCCACCCUCUCUGAAGUUAUUUUAGUGUUACUGGAUGACAAUCUUGGGCUCUUUUUUAAUUCUAAAGGGACAAAUGGAUUAUUAUAGAAAGCAAGACUUUGCUUUUAACAAAUUAAGCACUUAGAGUUGCUAAAUUUUGGAGUAAUAUUCGUAGUGGGAUGGGAUGGUAAACUUGGCUAACUUAGAUCAUAUCAGGUGGGAAUUAUUAUGUUUUUAUCUAUUUAUAAAAUAAGAGGCUGAUUUGCUGUGCAACAGCACUAGCACUACAAAUAUGCAAACUAAUGUACAGCAUCUUUAUAAUGAUCUAAGACACUGACGUAACCUAGAGUAACUGGAGAAAUACGUUUUUAAGAGGUGGAAUAUUUUUUAACAUUCCCUUCUGGACAAACUUUCACAUUAUUGGUAUUAUUUAUAGCUUUUUAACAAAUGCAUUUUGUUUUUAACUCAUAAAGACUGAACUUGUACGUUUGUAAUAACUCAGAGCAGAAUCAGCAUACUUUCCAACAUGUAACUCAGUUCUUCUGAAUGCCUUAAAGCAAACCUUAGAACACACAUUGCACACACACACGCGUAUCCACAAACUUCCAUCACAUAGCAUUAUAUUCUCUUGGUGCUUGUUCAUCUCGGCGCUUAUGACUGAAAAAGAUUUUUUUGCCUUAGCAAAAAGUGUAAAAAAUGCCCAGUGUUGUCAUUUUUAAAGGGGCUGUGGUUCCUUGAUUAGCAUUUUAAAGCCUGUAGGUUUAAACUUAAAACUUCCCUUUGGCAAAUAUUUAGACUAAUACAAUGUUAUUAUUUUGCCAUUUAUUUUACUAAUAUAUUCUAAACUGAGUAGUUCAUAACCAGCUUGUCCACAUUUGAAUCCUGUUAUAUUUAUGUAUUUUAUUUUAUUUUUUUUUUUACAUAUUUUUUUUUGUUGUUGUUUGAAUUUAGUGACCUCCCAGCUCAUAGCGUGUGUGAUCUUACAAAAAAAUUGAAAUAUAAGUUUAUUAAUUUUCUGUGGAUUUCUAGUAGUAUUUAUCUAAUUUAUGUAUUUUUUUUGACAUUGUAUAAGCAACAACAUAUAGUAACUGACAUGAAAUCUCAAGACCUGAAAAGAGCUUCCUUUUUACGUUCACAUACAUUUUUUAGCAUAAAAUCUUGCUGUUGGAAAGAAACAUUGGCAAUGUUUUGACAUGAAUUGAACCUAGGGCCUCAUUUAUAAAGCGUGCGUACGCACAGAUUUGAUCUUAGAGUGUGCGUACGCUUAAAUCCACGCCAACGCUCAUAUUUAUAAAAACGGCCUUUGACGUGGAAAAGUGCUUAGCGUCACGUCAGGGUCUGAGCAGACGUACGCACUUUUCCUGGUCAGAUUACUGCAGGUUUUUGGAAAUCUAAACUAUUCUGCUCGCCAAGGAUUUGGACGAUGACUGUUGAUCUUUUAUAUGUAAAUGACAUUAAUUAGGUUUUGUUUAAAACGCGGAGAACUGAAAGCAUUCAGCUGCGCGCAAGUUCAAGAUUAUUUGAGAUUUAUAGAUUUCACAUCUGAAAGAGAGGCGUACGCUCGUUUUCUGUGUGUACGUUUAUUCUAUAAAUCCCAGGUACGCGCAUCUGAGAAAUGAUCGUAAGAUCAAAUUUAAGACGGUUUCUGCGCAACAUUUUAUAAAUGAGGCUCCUAGACUUUAAAAUAUUGUGGACAAUUAAAGGGUUCAAAGCAUCCAAAAUGAUAAUGUAAAAAAAAAAACUAGUCCAGAAAAUCAAACCUGCCUUAAUCUAGACAUAUUCUGAACCAAAGCUAGUCUGUUUGUCUGUUUCCUUUGAGUGUUGUUUUACUGUUUUAUGAGUGAUGAAAUGAAGGAAGCUCUGUACCUCUGUAUCUGACAUCUGAUUACAUUCAUCAGGAUUCCCACAGUCAUGUAAAACCCAGUCAAAUCAGGGAAUUUUAAAAUUGAUAUAUUUACAGGUCCAGAAAAGUUGUGUAAAUAAAAUCUUGGAAAGAUGUCUUGGAAAUAUUUUUAGCUUGGGAUUUCAGGAUUAGGAGCUUUUGACUGAACUCUUUCCCCGCCAUUGACAGAAUUUUCCGUCAUUUAUGACACAAAGCUUUCCCGCCAUUAACAAGCUUUUCCUGCGAUGGAAGCAUUGUAAGCUAACGCGAUCAUAAAACAGCAUAUAAAUCAAAACUGAAUGAAAUGUUGAACCCAAAGAGGUACAUAACUGUACAAACUUUGGGGGUGUUGAUGGACUCGGUCUACUCCAUCUAAGUUUUGUGAGAAUGAUCAAAAAUGGUUGACAACUUAAAAA